CAAACACCGGACUGCGCAACCGGACUGCGCGCGACAUGGCGCUCACCGGGCCGUCGAUACCCUCGGUGCGUCGUGCACUCGAUUUGGGAGUCGGUUCCAGCCGUCGGGAUGUUCGCGCCGGGGCGCUUCAUCGGGGCACGGCGGUUUGGACCCUGCCCCCGCUUCCCCGCUCGGGAAUGACGCUGACCUGGAGUAAGAACGGCGCCGAGGACGCGCACGUGUCGCCGUCGCCGUCACCCUCGUGGCACCAGCGCGCGUCCGGACGAGGGAACCGCGGGGAUGGGUCCGGUGAACACUCGGAUCCGAUGUGGUGGCUGCACGGCGCGUCCGCGUCCAGCCGCUUCCUCAUGCAUACCCUCGCCUCCAACGGCGCGCCCGAGGACGACGCCCUUCCGUCGCUGGUCACCGCGAGCACCUCCAACCCGCCCGUCACCGGCGGUCCCAUCAUAACCCCCAAACGUAACCCCAAGCUCCUGACCGUCAACGACGGCCCGGACCUGUCCGCGGAGCGAAGGGCUCGUUGGAACACGUGGUGGAUGGGCGCGCUCGAGGCCAACAACGUGGAGGCUAUCAAGAUGUGCUUCGAGAUGCCUUGGGCGGACGCGGGGAUGAUCGUGUCGUCCAUGCGCGCCAUCAACGAACCGAGGACGUUCCAGACCGUCGUCCUGUUACUCGCCGAACGGAGGAAAGGCGAGCUGGAGACCAAGGAGCACGUCGGGGGCUUGACCGCGUUGGCUUGGGCCGCCAAGCGGGGAGACGCGCGAUCCAUCGAGACGCUCGUGACCUACGGGGCCGUGGUGGACGCGAGGGAUAACGGCGGCGCCACCCCGCUGCUGCACGCGGUCGUCGCGGACGCCACGCCCGCGGUGGAGUGUCUGCUGGGCUUCGGAGCCGACCCCAACGUUCGCGCGAGCGGCGGCGGCGGCAGCGGCGGGCGGAGGCGAGACGAUUCAUCGCCCGAUUCGCCGAAAAUCUCCGAAGACGGCUGGUCUCCCCUCGGAUGGGCGGCGAGGAAGGGUCAGCUCGGGUCCAUCCGGCUCCUCCUGACGCACGGCGCGGACGUGAACAUGCGCGGGGGCGGUGGCGGUUCCACGCCGCUGAUACAGGCGGCGAUGGGAGGACACCUCAAGGCGGUGCAAGAGUUGGUCUCCGCGGGGGCGGUCGAUACCCGGGACGAAAGCGGGUUCACCGCCGCCAUGCACGCGGGGUUCAGGCACCCUCAGAACGCGCAGCUCCUGGGCGCGGUGGCGGAGGCGUCGUCGGUGUCGAUCGGCGGCUGAUCACCGGCCGAUAUGCGCGUGUACGUGUACGAAGACGUGUGUACUACGAAUUCUUUUUUAAAUUCGAAUUUCUUGUUGUAACC